AUGGAUCCUGUUAUACGAUGGCUAAUUCAUGGCGUACUACUCACAGUAUGGGCACUUAAUGUCGGCGCUAGUAAAUGGCCCGAACAUAUAGAUGUUAAAGAUAAGGCUAGCUACGAUUACAUCGUCGUGGGAGCCGGCUCAGCGGGCUGCAUCGUGGCCAAUCGUCUCUCCGAGCAAAAAGACGUCGAGGUUCUUGCUAUUGAAGCGGGCGGUGAUCCCCCUGAAGAUGCUGAUCUUUUAAGCGUAUUUACAAAUACACAUCCCAUGUAUUGGACUUACGAAACAGAAAAGGAUGAUAAAGUUGCGCAGUAUUAUAAAGAAAAACAUUAUAUUUUGAAAUCAGGAAAGGUGAUUGGUGGCAGCAGCACAAUUAAUUAUCUAGUUAAUGUUCGAGGAGUCCCCAGGGACUAUGAAGUUUUGGUGAACGCUACUGGAGAUGAUUCAUGGUCUUGGAAAAACAUUCUUCCAUAUUUCAUAAAAAGCGAAAAUCUCCAAGAUGAUGAAAUACUAAAUUCUCGAAAUGGACGUUUCCACGGAAAAAAUGGAGAAAUGAUUGUGACGAUAGAUCGUCGUAACAUAACUCACAAGUAUUUUGAAGCUUUCCAAGAACUUGGACAUAACGUAGUCGAUGAUAUAAACGGUGAACAAUCAGUAGCAUUUGCACCUAACAUGAUGUGGGUAUCGAAAGGAAAGCGUCAAGACACGGCUGAAGCAUUUUUGCUACCAAUAAAGAAGCGUCCAAAUUUUAAUAUAAUGAAAACCACUUUAGUAAUUAAGAUUAUUUUCGAUGAAAAUAAAAAUGCAGUCGGCAUACAGUGUAUAAAACCUGACGGAUCAGUUAUAGAUAUAUAUGCGAGGAAAGAGAUCAUUAUAUCGGCAGGAGUUUAUAACACUCCAAAACUUUUAAUGUUGUCUGGUGUGGGCCCUCGAGAUCACCUUGAAAGCUUGGAUAUUCCAGUGGUCGCUAAUUUGCCUGUAGGAAAGACUUUACGAGACCAUUUGACUGUUAUGGUGACAAUGAAAGGAGAAGCGGCUACUGAGACAUUUAUACGUGAUAAAUCUAGAUUCCCAGUACCAACAUUCAUUGGACUAGGAGCUAUAAACAAAUCUCAAGACUACCAAGACUACCAUAGCCAUAAUUUAAUUUUCAGAAACCAUCCAAUAGGUUUGCAAAUUCUUUGUUCUUCUGUUUUCAAUUUCAAACAGUCUAUAUGUGAUGAACUGGCUUCGGCUGGCGUGGGAAGAGAAAUUGUAUUCAGUGUGUUUGCAGCGAAUCACCUUUUGUCUCAUGGUAAGAUAGAACUUCGAAGUAAGAACCCUGAGGAUCCUGUGAAAAUAUACACAGGAUUUUUGUCUAAUCAGAGUGACUUGGACCACUAUGUUAAAUGUAUUCAAGAUUUUACCAAUGUGGUUAACUCUAGCUACUUUAAAAAAGUUGGAGGGGAGGUAUUACACUUUACUUUGCCAAAUUGUGAACACCUAGAAAAAAAUAGCGCGGAAUAUUGGAAGUGUUACAUUCUUGAUUUGAUGAAUACACAUUAUCUUCCUUGUUGCACAGCUCCUAUGGGAACUGUUUUGGAUUCUAAACUGCGAGUUCGUGGCGUAAAUAGGCUGCGAGUUGUAGACGCCAGUGUUUUGCCUAAUUUAAUAGGAGGAAGUAUUGGAGCUACUGUUCUAAUGAUUGCCGAAAAAGCUUCUGAUUUAAUAAAACAAGAUAUGUAUAUAGACAGAAAUAAUACUGAAAAUUAUAAUACCUUUACU